AUGCACUCACCUCCUAGAGAACAGCCUGCCAUCAUGCUCUGGAAACUGGUUGAAAAUGUCAAGUAUGAAGAUAUCUAUGAGAUGUUAGUCCACACCUAUUCCGCCAUGGACCGGCAUGAUGGAGUGCCCAGCCACAGUUCCAGGCUGUCCCAGCUGGGAUCCGUCUCGCAGGGACCCUACUCCAGCGCUCCUCCGCUCUCUCACACCCCAUCCUCGGAUUUCCAGCCGCCUUAUUUCCCACCCCCCUACCAGCCUCUUCCUUACCACCAAAGCCAGGACCCUUACUCCCAUGUCAAUGACCCCUACUCCCUGAACCCCUUGCAUCAGCCCCAGCAGCACCCCUGGGGACAGAGGCAGAGGCAAGAGGUGGGAUCAGAAACCGGGUCACUGCUGCCACAGCCUCGGGCCGCCCUGCCCCAGCUCUCGGGACUGGACCCCAGGCGGGACUACCACUCAGUUCGGAGGCCAGAUGUCCUCCUGCACUCAGCUCACCAUGGCCUUGACUCCGGCAUGGGGGACAGCCUUUCUCUGCACGGCAUCGGACACCCAGGCAUGGAGGAGGUGCAGUCAGUUGAAGAUGCCAAUAACAGCGGUAUGAACUUAUUGGACCAGUCUGUCAUUAAAAAAGUUCCAGUUCCUCCAAAAUCUGUUACUUCUUUGAUGAUGAAUAAAGAUGGGUUCCUGGGUGGCAUCUCAGUCAACACCGGAGAGGUGUUUUGCUCUGUACCUGGCCGCUUGUCUUUGCUUAGCUCAACUUCAAAGUACAAAGUAACGGUGGGAGAAGUUCAAAGGCGCCUUUCCCCUCCAGAGUGUCUGAACGCAUCCCUCCUAGGAGGAGUACUUAGAAGAGCCAAAUCGAAAAACGGGGGGAGAUCUUUGCGAGAAAGGCUAGAAAAAAUCGGUUUGAAUCUACCAGCCGGCAGGCGUAAGGCCGCAAAUGUCACUUUACUCACCUCCCUGGUGGAAGGUGAGGCCGUUCAUUUAGCUCGGGAUUUUGGGUACAUCUGUGAAACGGAGUUCCCAGCCAAAGCUGUUUCUGAGUACCUGAACAGACAGCACACGGACCCCAGCGACCUCCACUCCAGGAAAAACAUGCUGCUUGCUACAAAGCAACUUUGUAAAGAAUUCACAGAUCUCUUGGCGCAGGACAGAACGCCCAUUGGGAACAGCCGGCCCACCCCCAUUUUGGAACCGGGCAUUCAGAGCUGCUUGACUCACUUCAGCCUCAUCACCCACGGCUUUGGGGCCCCCGCGAUCUGCGCCGCCCUCACGGCCCUCCAAAACUACCUGACUGAAGCUCUCAAAGGCAUGGACAAGAUGUUCUUGAACAACAACACUGCUAACAGGCACACAUCUGGCGAAGGACCAGGUAGUAAAACUGGAGACAAGGAAGAGAAACACAGAAAAUGA